GGGGGAACAUAUCAGAGGAACUUCUUCGACGGUAAAAAUGAUUGCAGAGGUCCCCUACAAUUACUGUCCUUAUUUCUGAAAUUUCCGUACCAGCGACGUCUAGGGACCCCAGAGAAUUUUUAUUAUGACAGUAAAUCAAUUAAUUAACAUUAAUUGAAGAUAAAUAGUAUCGAUUGGAGGGAAAUGGCUGGAGCUGUACUGGAAAAGCCAAUUUUUCCUCAGAAAUUCCGAUACAAUUUCGUGGGAGGUUAUCACAACAAUGUGGAGGGGGUUAGCUACAACCUCCUCCAGCGACAUCUGUUGGCAGUGGUGCGCGUGAUUUCCUCGCGAGAGUCACUCUCGAGAUUCCUCGCUAUAGAUUACCUUACGAAAUUCCGUGCAUUCCAGUGUAACGUAUAAAGUGGUAAAACUCUUUCGUUAUAAAAGAAGAAAAUAAGGUAGUUGAAAGCUGGGUGAGGUGGUGCGGUGGAGGGUCAGGAGGGAGAGAUAGGUAAAGGCAGAAGGGAAAUACUCGUGUGGAUAAGUUGCUCGUGUCAGACGUUAUAUGCCAACCCCGUGUGGUACCGUCCGCCCGCAUACCAUUAGAUUUUCUCAUUCCGUUUUCAAUGGAAAUAAACGGAGCGAAACGUCUACGUUUCACCGGUCAAUAACAAGAGCCUUCAUUCUUCGUUAUUAUUUUUUAAACAAUUAAGUUGAGUCGGUGGCAAGUGUCAAGUGUCUUGAGGAGUUGCUGAAAAUUAUUGUAAAAAGUGUUUGGAUAUUUAUUACACAUCAGCCCCACACGUGUUACCACGUGUGUGCAUCCACACACGGGUAAUAUCAAGCGUGUCAUCGUCCUACGUUGAAAGGAAUUCAUUCAGAGGCGCUUUGUUUAUUCCUCGGGUGAGGAGAAAAAUCGAAGGAGAAUUUAAAAGACGAGGAAAGUAUGUCGGCUGUUGAAAGUGCUCUCGAUGUCCUCUCCAGGGCUGCCACGAUGAUGCAAGAGGAGAGGCCAAAGACGACGAGUCUGCAUAGAAAACCGAGCAGUGCGUGGCGACGAGAGCGUAGGAGGGAUCCCAUUCAGAGUGAGGCCCUCGAUAUGUCCGCUACUCGUGUCCAUCAUCACACCAGGCCCAGUGUUAUCGUUCCUACUGCACCUCAGCCUGGAGCGACAAGUGAUGAUACAGCUGUGACACCUACCCCAAGUGCAACCCCAUCGACGGCGAUAGGUGGCCAGAGAACCGGAAUUAGAAAUCCAGCGGGUGUUAGUGAUCCAGCGAUAGACGAGCACUUCAAAAGAUCCUUGGGCCUUGCAGAGUACGCGGCAGUUUUCAAUGCAUCCUCCAACGCCGACAGGGAGACGGGACUCAGUGUGGACGAUCACUUCGCUAAAGCCCUCGGUGACACCUGGGCGAGGCUGCAGGCGAACGGAAACAAAGAGUCAACAUAACGAAAGGGGAAAAAAUCAUCGAAAAUCACAGGAAAUGUAUCUGAAAAAAUUUAAUCCCCUCCUUCUUUCCAUUAGUUAUUAUUUAGCUUCUAACUCACCAGCUAAAUAAGUACUUUAGGGUGGUAUAAGUCUUACCAAGUGUCUGAUGUACCCAAGUAUUUCAUUAAUUUCCCACUUCACUAAAAUUUAGAUGAGAAAAAAAAAUGCUGAUGACUCAGUGAAGUAAUCCUAGGAUGUCAAAAGUCAAUUAUACCGAGGACGUUAAAAAUAUGUUAAAUAUUGUACAUAAAAUAAUUACGAGACUCUGGUUCCUCUGCAGCUGUCACAGUUGUUGCUAAUUGCGAAGUAAAUUUAUUUAUUAUCCAAUUUUGAAAUUCCGGAGUAAUACAUCAGUAGACUUAAGAUUUUGAGAUAAUUGGAAAUAUGAAAUAUUAUGGAGUUUUUUACACAGCCAGGUGUAUCAGUUUACGUAAUGUAAGGAUAAUAUUAUGUAUCGAGUAUACAUUGUGAUUAUAUAAAUAUAUAUUGAGGGAAUGUAUCCGAGGUGAUCGGUGGAUAAUUUUUCUGCGUUGACGAGAGGAUAAAAAUAUUGAGGAAUAAAUUAUAAACAAAUAUUA